CAAUUAUUUGAAACUUCCGGCGUGACUCGAGUCAUCCCCCGAUCUACGUAUUUCGAGGUUAAAGAAUACAACGGGCGCUGAGAGUUUGUUCCAGACGUCCGGCUCGAGCGCGAGUAAGGACACGAUUUGCCGCAAUGGAGUACACGGACAAACAUCAGGCUUCAAUGGUGUUCGUCAUAGCGCUUAAUUUUUUGUUUUUCGCUUUGGCUUACGGCGCCUGCGUUCAAAAUGAAGAGGGAGGUCCAGUACAGUGCUGUGAUCAGAGAGAAACUGGAGGAUUUUUGCAUUGCUGUGAGGGACGAAACAGCAGUUGUGGAAUGGAAGACUUCGUUCACAACACUCUGUGCUUCUGUGAUGAAUUCUGCGAGACGGCUGGGGACUGUUGUAUCGACUUCGAAGACGUAAAGGAGCCUUGUGGUUUGGGAAAUGUAAAGCGAGACUGUGAGGUUUCUCCCUGGUCUGACUGGGGACCUUGUAGCCCUCGCUGUGGUGUAGGUGUCAGUCAGAGGACUCGAACUGUCGCGUUUCGUCCAAUGAAUGGUGGAAGGGAAUGUCCUCCGCUCAUUGAAAACAGAGGAUGUUUCAGAACUCAAUGUGGAGGAAGAGAAUUAGGUUUCGCAAGAAUUCUACCUCACAAAUACAAGAAGGACCGGGCUCCAUCAGUGUGGGAAAAAAUCUUACCAGCACCCAGAGUAGAAGUGAAGACAGAGGAACCAAAGAGGCCAAGCUACUGUGUCAACUACAAGAUUUUCUUUAAGCACCCGCAUUGUAAAGAUACCUGGGCAGACCAGCUCGAUCCACAGAAACCAAUCUGUGUGGAAUGCCAACACGAUGCCAUGAACAGGCAUGGAAAGUGCAAGGGCCAAGGAGUUUUUGGCGACGUGACUCUGUGGGAAGCGGUUGACCUCAAAAGCUGUUACGGUGGCUGGCUAAAGAUUGGGCCAAAGAUUCCUGACUGUAAAUGCGAAAACAAAGAUUUUAACAAUUUCAUAUUUAUAUAAAGGCAACAGCAGUAUUUAGUUUUUGUAGCCAACCGCUUGCUUUAUUAUCAACCGCUAUUAGUUUUAGUCUCGCAUGGUAUUGAAGUGUUUUAGAGCAUCUUUUAAGGGUGUGGUGUACUGAUAUUCUUCAUUGCUUGGUUAGUUGACAAGUUUUAUUAAUAAGUAAGUCAUGUUAUGGCUUUCCCCUCAUUCACAAAUUGUCAUCAAACAGUCCUAUAGCUUAGCGUGCAGUUCAUUCGCUUUUGAAAUCGUGAAGUAAGCCUGAUAAAAUGACCGAGAAGCCGUCUUGUAAAUGUAACGAAAUUGAAAUUCCUUUUGAGCAACUUUUAUACAGUUGGACGAUUUGCUAAUUUGUAUGACUGCGAAGAGAACUACGUACUAUCGAGUUAUAUAUUGUGCGCUUCACUGAUUUGUUAGGAUACAAUUUGAAAUACUUCUAGAAUAGUCUUUUAGGUACCAAUCAAUUACUCCCCGGCUGUAGAGAUCGUAUCCUUAGCGUUUUUGGAUUGGCACGUAGCGAUGGAGUUUCUGGGUGGCGUUCGGCUGUGUACUUCGACGAUUUAUCAAAGGAACAGUCGUGACAUUUUGCUUUACUUUUCGAGACUCCUGCAGGUUGCUUUAUGAGAGAUAAAAAAGAGAGAUAAGAGAUAAAAUUUUUUUAUGUUUUACACUGCACCACAAGCUAGGGUGAAGGGCCUUUCAGUGAAGUGAAACCGGGCCAAAUGACGCCGCUUUCGCAAAAUUACCCAAGAUUUGAUUGAAAUGGCCCUACCCUGGUCCGCAUCAAAGUUCUCACUAAAAUGCAGAUAUGAUUAGCUGGUGUUAAUUUGUGAGAACUGAAUAUGGCAGGACAUACGUCCUGUUAAAGAGGACCUGGAAGGUUUUUCUUGAUCUGCUCAGGUUUAUGUCUUUGAGAUAAUAGAGAUUCCUCUUUGUAAGUUGUCUUUCA